CCAUUACCAACAAAAAGAGAUUUUUUUCCUGGGAAAAAAAUGGCGUGUUCAGGUGUUCUGAAAACCCUAAUCAGAUCAUCAUAUUUGGGAUCUACGACUCGUAAUUUCAGCCUCGUUAGCAACCAAGUUAGCAAUCAUACGGCGAAAUGGAUGCAGGAUACAAGCAAGAAAUCUCCAAUGGAGUUGAUCAAUGAAGUCCCUCCAAUCAAGGUUGAAGGCCGGAUUGUUGCUUGUGAAGGAGACAAUAAUCCUGCUCUGGGACACCCAAUUGAAUUCAUAUGCCUUGACUUGAAAGAGCCAGCUGUGUGCAAGUAUUGUGGCCUGCUCUACGUUCAGGAGCAUCAUCACUAGAACUGCUGUUAUGUUAUUCUCAGGCUGUUGGAUUAUUUGUUAUUUUGCAGCACCUAUGGCCACUUUUCUCUGUUUCAGUUGUUGGUAACAAGUGUUUGAAUUUCUCAUUUAGAAGAUAUUUCCAAAGUAAAUUCGAACCAAUAUGGUUUAUUUUCCA